CCGAACCGCGCGCGGCUGCGGAGGGCUCCGGGGCGGCCCGCUGAGCCGGGCCCUCCAGCCCGCGCGCCCCGGGCGUCCGUCGGGUGCGCAGGCGGGUACCUCAGGGGAGUCCCCCCCCACACCUCCACCGCCCCGCGGCCACGCUUCCGCGUUACCCGCAGAGCGGCCGGGCGCCUGGGACGUGCGGGGCCGCGAGGCCAAGCCAGGCGCCCCCCAGCGGCCGGCGCGGGGCCCCAUGGCUGGGCCUGGCGGAGCGGAACCGGCGAGGUGAAGCCCCGGGGCCGGCAGCCCGAGCGCCUGGCUGGGGCGCCCGGCUCCAUGGGCAGCGGCCCUCCGCGGCGCGAUGAUGGACGUUAACAGCAGCGGCCGCCCGGACUACGGGCACCUGCGCUCUCUCCUCCUGCCCGAGGUGGGGCGCGGGCUGCCGGACCUGAGCCCCGACGGGGGUGCCGAGCGGGUCGCGGGCUCCUGGGCGCCGCACCUGCUGAGCGAGGUCCCUGAGAUAACUGCCAGCCCCGCGUCCACCUGGGACGCGCCCCCGGACAAUGCCUCGGGCUGCUGGGAGCAGAUCAACUACGGCAGCGCGGAGAAAGUUGUGAUCGGCUCCAUCCUGACGCUCAUCACGCUGCUGACGAUCGCGGGCAACUGCCUGGUGGUGAUCUCGGUGUGCUUCGUCAAGAAGCUCCGCCAGCCCUCCAACUACCUGAUCGUGUCCCUGGCGCUGGCCGACCUCUCGGUGGCCGUGGCGGUCAUGCCCUUCGUCAGCGUCACCGACCUCAUCGGGGGCCAGUGGAUCUUCGGCCACUUCUUCUGCAACGUCUUCAUCGCCAUGGACGUCAUGUGCUGCACAGCCUCGAUCAUGACCCUGUGCGUGAUCAGCAUCGACAGGUACCUUGGCAUCACGAGGCCCCUCACCUACCCCGUGAGGCAGAAUGGGAAAUGCAUGGCAAAAAUGAUUCUGUCCGUGUGGCUUCUCUCGGCCUCCAUCACGUUGCCCCCGCUCUUCGGCUGGGCUCAGAACGUGAACGACGACAAAGUGUGCCUGAUCAGCCAGGAUUUCGGCUACACGAUUUACUCCACGGCCGUGGCCUUCUACAUCCCCAUGUCCGUCAUGCUCUUCAUGUACUACCGCAUCUACAAGGCCGCCAGGAAGAGCGCCGCCAAGCACAAGUUCCCCGGCUUCCCCCGUGCGCAGCCCGGCAGCCUCCUCUCCCUGAACGGCAUGGUGAAGCUGCAAAAGGAGGUGGAAGAGUGUGCGAACCUUUCGAGACUCCUCAAACACGAAAGGAAAAACAUCUCCAUCUUCAAGCGGGAGCAGAAGGCGGCCACCACGUUGGGGAUCAUCGUGGGGGCCUUCACCGUGUGCUGGCUGCCCUUCUUCCUCCUCUCCACAGCCAGACCCUUCAUCUGCGGCACUGCCUGCAGCUGCAUCCCGCUCUGGGUGGAGAGGACAUGCCUGUGGCUGGGCUAUGCAAACUCUCUCAUUAACCCUUUUAUAUAUGCCUUCUUCAACCGGGACCUGAGGACCACCUAUCGCAGCCUGCUCCAGUGCCAGUACCGGAAUAUCAACCGGAAGCUCUCGGCCGCAGGCAUGCACGAGGCCCUGAAGCUUGCCGAGAGGCCGGAGAGAUCCGAGUUUGCGCUGUACUCUCCCCACUCUGUAGGACAGUCCUUGCUGUCUGAUAACCAGUUUCUCCUUGCUGCGCUUCUGUUUCUACUACACGAGGGCCUGUCCACUGGUCCCAGCCAUCCUGAAGCCAAAGGGUCCAGGAGCACCUCAGCUCCACAAGAAGUGAGGCCAGCAGGCCCGCAAGGCCAAGUAGAAGAUGUGUCUGGUACAGCUACGAAGGAAGAAUAGUUGCAAUUCGACUGCGGGAUGCUGCUCUCCUCAUUUGCAAUUUUCGUUUUUCACUUGCUGAAAGAACUCUGUUACCCAGAGAAAUGGAUUAUUUUUUAUCAUGUCCCUUUCUGGGUUUACAAUUGCACUUCAGUGUAAACAAUGGCGUAAUCUUUUGAAAACCUUGUGUGGCAGACUUUUUUUCCCCCAGAGAUGACUGUGAAUAAUGGCUCUUGUUCCUCACGUGUUUCUAGAAUGUCACUCCUUUCCACACUGAGAGGGGCAGGCUGAUUUCGCCUCACGUGAGCCGGACUCGCACGUAAAUUGGAAGAACCCAGCAGAGGUGCUGCUGAAUGGCUUCUGAAACCAGAUUGGAAAAGCAGAUGUGACUUUGACCUUGCCUGCUGGUUCCAGUCUCUGUGGAGCCCAGAGCCUCCGUGUCUACAAGUCUGACUACCUUGUGGCUGCCACACUAUGAGAAAGAUCAGACUGGUCCAACUGAAGAAGGGUCACGUGGCCAAGCCUGGAGACUUCGUGAAGAAAGAGGCUUUGCUGGUUUCCAGUCGCUGUGUUUCCCUCCACGUCUGCUGGUGCUGUGCCAGCCACAAAUGGAGUGCUGUCUAGGGGAGAUUUCCUAACCAGAACCACCCUGCCAAACCCUUCCUGAAUACUCAGCUCACAGAAACUGUGCAAGAUAAAAUGAUUCUUGUAAGCCACCAAGGUUUGAGGUGAUCGAUGAUACAGCAACAGUAACCAAAGUAAAUGUAUAUCUGUGUGUUGGAAUAUGUAUAUUCAACAAGUGUAGUUCCAAUAAUGCAUUCAAUUAAUUGAAGUGAUGACAAUCCGAAGACCUAUGGCCAAGUUUGCACACACACAGGCAACGACAGCUAUGUCAUGUCAUAGCCAACAGCAGUUGUGAGAUACAUCUAUUUUAAGACCCAACCUAGUGAAGGAAAAUCUGGGGGAAAAAUGUGCCAUGUAGGAUUGAUGAAAUUUUGUAAUAUGGAUGUAGAGGGUGGGACAAAGAUAGUGAAAAGCAUUAGUGGACUUGUUGGUAAACCAAUUUGUUUUGAAAGAACUGAGUAUUUUUUAGUUAAAAUGACAUUGGCUUAUGUUCAUUGGCAAGAAAUGUGAAAUGCAAAAAACUGAAAAGACAAUAAAAGCCACUAAAAUUUUACCAUCUAGAAAUAAAUAUCCGGGAUUUUAAAUGUAUUUGCACACACAUAUAAAUAUCAUCCUACACUGCAGGCUGUUUUUUCCCUAUUCAGAAACAUGCUGACAUCAUGUUUCUGCAUAAUAGAUAAUGACAUCCUGUGAGUAUCUCAUUUGCUUAACCAGUUAUCUGAUGAUGGACAUUUUUUUUUUUUUUGUCUUUCCAACUUUGCUAUUGUGGAUGGUAACAGAGAAGGCAUAUUUGUGCAUCUAUGCUUUCCCUAGUGUGUGAUUAUCUCUUUGUGGAGAAUUUGCAAACAUAAGAGUAUUGGAUUUAAUGAGAUUUACUUAUAAUUGAUUAUAAGCAUCACUACAAUUAUAAUUGUGACAUGAGUUGACAAAAUUCCUCUCAGAAAAGGUUGUGUUCAUUUAUAUGCCAUCAACAACUUUUGAUAAUGCCAGUAUUUUCCUCCUUUGACUAUAUUUGCUUUUUUGUUAUUUAUCUAAUGCCAAUGUUAUGGUUUAAAGCAAGUUCUUUUUUAUUGUUUCUAUUUGUAUUUUGGAAAUAAUGCAACUGAGCAUCUUUUUCUGUUUUGGCCAUUUUAAUUUCAUCUUUCGUGAAUCGAUUGUUCAUAGUCUUUGACCACUUUCCUUUUACAGUUGAUUCACAAGAGCUCCUUGCAUAGCGGUAGGAGGAGUGGUAACUCUUUACCCUGUGUGUUACUACAUUGUUUUUCCCGAGUCUUUCAAACUUCUAUACAUUUUGGUGUUUCUGUUUUUUGUUGCCCAACAAUAUUUAAAUUCUAUGUAAAUUCAUUUUUCUUCUAUGGUUUCUGGCUUUGGUGUCAAGAAAGAUUUGUUUCACUCUAUUGUUAUUAAAAGUGUUUACUCAUACUUUUGUUUCAAGUGUUCCAUUUAUUAUACAUUUUAAUCUAACUGGAGUUUAAUUUAUGCAGUUUAAUUUUUCUCCUAACACAGUAGUCAGCUGCCCCAGAUUCUUCAGUGAAUAAUCAACAUUUCUCUUGUGAUUUGAAAUGCCACAUUUGUCACACACUAAAUUCUCAUAGUACUUGAGUCUGUUUUUCAGGUUCUCUACUGUGUCCCUUGGCAGUAUGUCUUUUUUUGGGCCAAUGCCAUCAGUCUUACUGCUGUUGUUAUUACUAUUCUUGCUUGUGACAAGGUGUUGCUGUUGAGUAGGGGAAGUGUGUGUACCUCCCCAACUCUUUUCAUAAUUUUUGUUAUGGUGUUUGCAGAUGAAUUUUAAAAUAAUUUUUAUUAAAUACUAAAUAUUCCUGUUGGCAUUUUGGUUGGAAUUACAUAUUUUAGAGAAUACAUAUUUUAGAGAAAAUUUACCUUGUUUUUCCUAGGUGGGAGGACAGACAGAGACAGGUCCCCAAAUGCCUACAAUGCUUGGCUGGGCCAAGCAGAAAAUGGCUUCUAGUUCUCCCCAUGGGUAGCAGGGAUGCAGUUGCUGGAGCCAUAACUGCAGGGAGCUGGAGUGAAAGCUGGACCUGAAUAUUGAAUCCAGGCCCUCCGAUGUGGGAUGCAGGUGUCUUACAAGGCUGAACACCCAUUCUGAGAACUGAAAUUUUUUUUUUAAUUUAUUUUAUUUGAGAGAGAGAGUUACAGACAGUGAGAGGGAGAGACAGAGAGAAAGGUCUUCCUUCUGUUGGUUCACUCCCCAAAUGGCUGCCACGGCUGGCGCUGCACAGAUCCAAAGCCAGGAGCCAGGUGCAUCUUCCUGGUCUUCUAUGCGGGUACAGGGACCCAAGCACUUGGGCCAUCCUCCACUGCCCUCCUGGGCCAUAGCAGAGAGCUGGACUGGAAGAGGAGCAGCCGAGACUAGAACUGGCAUCCAUACGGGAUGCUGGUGCUGCAGGCGGAGGAUUAACCUACAGCGCCACGGCGCUGGCCCCUGAGAACUGAAAUUUUUACAACACAAGAUCUUUUUGUCUGAAACCUAGGUGUGUAUUUUCACUAUUGAAUAAUUCUUUUGUAUUUCUAGGUAGAGUUCUAUAAUUUUUAUUGCUGCAAAUUAAUUUUCUAUUUUUCUAUUUGUUAUUUGUUCUAAUUGCAAAACUCACAGGUUUUUUUUCCCAUAGGUUAUCUCUGGUUUGUGAAAAAGCCAUUGUAUUUUCAUACAUGCAUUUUGAAACUAUCUUACCGUUUCUCUUAAUACUUUGGAAAGUUUUCUAGUUUCUUUUCUUGGACUUUGCAGGACAUUAUGAAUUACAUAAAAUGUUGUUAGCUGGAAAUAAUUUUACCUCCUUCCUUCAAGUAUGCAUACUUCUUAUUACAUUUUCUUAAUGGCUUUGGCUUGAAUGUUGAGAUCAAUAUUAAGUAAUUGUGAGGAUCUAAGACAUCCCUUUUUUUCUGAUUUUAAUGGAACUACUUCCAUUAUUUCUCCACUAAUGAAAAUGCUGGUCUUAGAUAUGCCUUAUGUUAUUUUUUGAUAAUAUUCAAGAAGCAUCCAUCCCAUCCUAUUUUGCAAUUUGUUUUAAAAUCAGAAAUAGACUUAUAAUUAAACAAAUGUUUUGGCAGUUAAGAGGGUAUAUUAUGUUAGUUCGCUUGCUAACAUAAAGUUGUCCUUGCAAUGCAGAGUGAUUGACAUUUAUCCAUGAUUCAUUGUCUCACUUAAUUCUGUUUCUGAAAACUGUGUUUAGGAUUUUUAAAAUCUUGGUCCAUAGCUGCCUUUUCCUUUAAUAGUACUUGGCAAUAGUGUCAUAUGCUUAUGAUAUGUAUUUGAAUUAUUUCUUUUUUUAAAAUCUCUAAACUGUUCCAUGGAUUGGUAAUGAAGUUUAUUCAUGUAAGGGAAUGUUAGUUAUUUAUUUAAAAAUGUGCUCACAAAGUGAUCUUACCGAUAAUUGUUUGGUGCCCUGUGGAGGCCCAGAGACCUCACAGUGCAGAGGCAAAGAUAUUCCUGGAGGGGCUGGGUGGGGGAAGGAUGGCCUCUGAUGAAACCCAAGUCCUCCAAACUGACUAGGAAGCUGACGGCUGCGGAUGAUACAGCUGCAUCCUCCCCUCCUUUCCUCCUUUUGCAAGUGAGGACACCACUCUCCUGGGAGCUCAUACUCUGUCUUGCAUUUUUGUAGGGACUUGAUGCGUGAGUAGGUAUGUUGAUUGAACUUUAAUAUUAACACUGGACUGUGCAGUGAGCGCUUUCUUGUUCACUGUUACCUAUAGUGCUGAAAGCACCAUUUUCUAAAGCUGAAAUGGAAUCCUUAUGAAAAGAUUUUAUAUUGAUAUUUGAGUGACUGAAAUAGAUAAUUAGUAUUAUAAUUUUUUUUUGACAGGCAGAGUUAGAGAGAGAGACAGAGAGAAAGGUCUUCCUUUUUCUGUUGGUUUAUCCCCCAAGUGGCCGCUAAGGCUGGCGUGUGGCGGCCAGUGCGCUGCACUGAUCCGAAGCCAGGAGCCAGGUGCCCUCUCCCCCCACCCCCCGCCGGUCUCCCAUGAGGGUGCAGGGCCCAAGGACCUGGGCCAUCCUCCACUGCACUCCUGGGCCACAGCAGAGAGCUGGACUUGAAGAGGAGCAACUGGGACUAGAUUAUAUUACAAUAUUUUUAAAAGCAUAUUUUAUCUGGGCAUUUGACCUAAGAGCAUAAUUAGGAAUAGGGUAAAGAUUUAUGUAUACAUGGAUUGAUCUCAAUAUUAUUUGUGUGCAUCUAAAAAACCAUCAUUAAAGUAUUAU